GAAUGAAGACGUCAGCAUCCACACACCACAGGAGCAACGCUUUAACGAUGUGACUGAAGGACCGGUUUAGAUGUAGCUGCAGCCCCAAGCCCGUCCAACAAUGCUGAGCCCCGUUCUCCAUUCCGACCUCUCGGCCCUGGAGCCGGAGUACACAGAGGCUGACGUCAUCUCUACGGUGGAGUUCAGCCGAUCAGGAGAGUUCCUGGCCACCGGCGAUAAGGGUGGCAGGGUGGUCAUCUUCCAGAGAGAACCUCAGGGCGAGUACAACGUGUACAGUACGUUCCAGAGCCACGAGCCCGAGUUCGACUGUCUCAAGAGUCUGGAGAUCGAGGAGAAGAUCAACAAGAUCCGCUGGUUACCUCAGAUCAAUUCCACACACUUCCUCCUGACUACUAACGAUAAAACCAUCAAGCUCUGGAAGGUCAGUGAGAGAGAUAAACGACCUGAAGGCUACAACCUGAAGGACGAAGAGGGACGAAUGAAGGACAUUUCUAGGAUCACGUCUCUUCAGGUCCCCGUGUUGCUGCCGAUGGACCUGCUGGUAGAGGCGUCCCCACGCCGCGUGUUCGCCAACGCUCACGCCUACCACAUCAACUCCAUCAGCAUAAACAGCGACUGUGAGACGUACCUGUCAGCCGACGACCUGAGGAUCAACCUGUGGAACCUCAACAUCACCGACCGCAGCUUCAACAUCGUGGAUCUGAAGCCUGAAAACAUGGAGGACCUGAGUGAGGUGAUCACAGUGGCCGAGUUUCACCCUCAUCACUGCCACCUUCUGGCCUUCAGCAGCAGUGCUGGUACCACCCGCCUGUGUGACAUGAGGUCGCGGGCGCUGUGUGACCGUCCUGCUAAAAUGUUUGAGGAGACGGUGGACCCUGCUAAUCGAUCAUUCUUCUCUGAGAUCACCUCCUCAGUGUCGGACGCAAAGUUCAGUCACAGUGGACGUUACCUGCUCACCCGGGACUACCUGAGCGCUAAAGUCUGGGAUCUCAACAUGGAGAACAAACCAGUCGAGACUUACCAGGUGCAGGAUUACCUGCGCUCUAAACUUUGCGCCCUUUAUGAGAGCGACUGCAUCUUUGAUAAAUUCGAAUGUGCCUGGAACGGAACCGACAGCGUGAUCAUGACCGGGGCCUACAACAAUUUCUUCCGGAUGUUCGACCGGGCGAGUCGGCGUGACGUGACCCUGGAGGCGAGCCGCGAGGUGUGUAAGCGCCGCGCCGUGCUCCGGCCCCGCCGCGUGUGCGUGGGGAAGAAGAGGAAAGAGAACGAUAUCAGCGUGGACAGUCUGGACUUCAGAAAGAAGAUCUUACACACGGCCUGGCAUCCCACCGACAACAUCAUCGCCAUCGCCGCCAGCAACAACCUCUUCAUUUUUCAGGACAGGCACGGGCCUAUCGGGCACCACUCGGCCAAUCAGCUGGAACAGGACGCGCCUCUGCAGCUACAGGACGCACCCCAUCAGUAAAACGGUCCCAGU